AUGUCGUCCCUCGAAGGAUUAUUUAUAAAUCUUUCAGAAGAAGAAAAUAGCGACCACAACAGGGAAAUUAAUGAUGAUCAAACUAAUGUCGAGGACAUACGAAACACAGAAGAAAAUCAGGAGAAUGGUGAUGAUAUAGCUCUUCAAUUUGGAAAGAAAAGAAGAAGGAAGAUAUCUAAGGUAUGGGAAGAAUUUACCAUCAUAGAAAUUGGCAGUGAGAAGAAAAUGAAAUGCAAGCAUUGUAAGUCACUUUUUAAGUUCAAUGAAAGUGGUACCACUACACAAUAUGGGAGACACUUACUGAUUUGUCCUAAACGUAGAGUGUCUAUUCCAGGACAACUAGAACUUAGUAUGCAAACAUCCACUCCUAGAUGUGAUUCUUUUAGUACUAUGAAGCCUUGGAAGUAUGACCAUGCUAAGAUAAGAGAGCUUUUAUCUCAUAUGGUAAUGGUUCAUGAAUUGCCCUUUGUGUUUGAUGAAUAUGACAUGUUUAACCUGUUAAUGAAACAAGCUGCCCCUGAUUUUCAAAAGGGUUCAGGGUCUAUUGAAAUAUCCAAAAGAGUUUCUAUUACAACUGAUAUUUGGAGGUCUGGUCAAAAGCUUGAGUACAUGGUUGUUACAUGCCAUUUUGUGCAUGAUUGGAAAUUGCAUAAAAGAGUUUUGAACUUUGUUAAAGUGCCUCCCCCUCAUAAUGGAGCUGCUGUUUCAGACUCCCUUUAUAAAUGUUUAGAGGAUUGGGGUCUAGAGAGAAAAUUAGCUAGUGUUACCAUGGAUAAUGCUUCCUAUAAUGAUGUUGCUGUAAAAAGGUUGAAAGAGAGUCUUUCUUAUUUGGGGAAGUUACCUUAUGAUGGUAAAUUCUUUCAUGUCCGUUGUUGUGCACACAUUCUUAAUAUACUAGUCCAAGAUGGGUUGUCUGACAUUGAGAGUGUGAUUCAUGACGUGAGAGACUCUGUGAAACAUAUUUCAGCCACUCCUCUUAGAAUCCAAAUGUUUAGUGAGACAACUAAACAGAUGCGUCUUCCAUGCAAAAAUUAG